UUCCUCUGCUUUUCAGCUUUCCCCCAAGAGGUCCACCUCAUCUGCAAGACGAAGGCGUGAAGGAGGAGUCCAUAGCCGAGCACUUCGCUGCCAUACGUUCCGGUUCCAAAAGCAGCGAGUGGUCGGUAUAUUCCUCGGUAAAGUCAUGCGAUAAAGUAUCCGACGCAACACAAUGCUGCAACCAUCACCACCCUCUCAACAAUCACCAUCCCUGCCGCCCCCGGAGUCCUCAUCACCAGCAGACUGCCUCGCCUGCCGCAUCACGGGCACCGCAACCUGUAUCGGCGUCGCGACCUACGUAUUAUACGAGCGCAGCCAGCUGACCUUCGACCCUGCGGCGUCGACCUCACGCAAUGCACUCAGGAAUUUCAAGUGGCAUAGAGGGUUGUUGGGUGUUAUGGGCGCCGGUUUCAUCGGAUUGGGUGUGUUUCGGGCUACGAUGUGAGAGAUAGCUUUUACCGCGAUGUCCGGACGCUUCUCCGAUCUUGUCGCUGGGACGAAAUGGCUAGUGUGAAAAUCUUCGCUACUGGUCCGUUGAGCCUCCUCAUCAGCGGUAUCAGCGGACCCGUACUGGCGUAUACACACAAGAAAACGCUAGGCGUGCCUUUGCGCGCUAGGGCUGGUG